CCUUGGCUGGGACCAGAGUCUGAGAGGCUGAGACGCGUCCGCCGCCGCCAGAGGCCCCGGGGGACCCCGAGCUCAGGAUUCUGAAAUAGUUGCUGAAAAUAAGCAGUCCACUCCAAAGUGGGAAUUUAUGAAGAAAUAGGACUUCAGAGGAUGAUAUCACAAAGACACUAAAGAGGUGAUCCCAUGGCAUAUAAGUUUGGGGAUCCUUGUGCACAUGAAGGCAUAUUAAAGAGAAAGCAAGAAGAUCCACCUGGGCAGAAACUGAGGAAAUUCCUUUCUCAGGAUGGAGAUUUCCCAGAAAUGACCAUUGUCCACAGGAAAAACUCCUUGGUAGAGAGAGCCAAAGAAUGUAAUGAAUUUGGUAGAAACUUAAAGCUGAACUCAAACUUCAUAACACAACAGAAAAAAACUAUAGAAGAGAAAGUCCAUAAAUGUGACAUUUGUGGCAAAAAUUUCAAAUAUAACUCAGAUUUAAUUGUACAUAAGAGAAUUCAUACUGGGGAGAAACCUUAUGAAUGUGAUAAAUGUGGGAAAACAUUUAGCCAGAGCUCACAUCUUAGUAGACAUAAUCAAAUUCAUACUGGUGAGGAAGCCCAUAAGUGUGAUACAUGUGAAAGAAAUUUCAAAUACAAUUCAGACUUAAUUAUUCAUAAGAGAAUUCAUACGGGCGAGAAACCUUAUAAAUGCGAUGAAUGUGGGAAAACCUUUCGCCAGAGCUCACACCUUAAUAGACAUCAUCGAAUUCAUACUGGAGAAAAACCCUAUGAGUGUGAUGAAUGUGGAGAAGCUUUUGGACUCAAAUCACACCUUUUUUUACAUGAGAGAAUUCACACUGGAGAGAAACCUUAUAAAUGUAAUGAAUGUGGAAAGACCUUUAGCCGAAGCUCAACCCUUAUUCAGCAUCAACAAAUUCAUACUGGAGAGAAACCUUAUCAGUGUAAGGAAUGUGGAAAAGCUUUUGGAUUAAAAUCACAUCUUAUUUUGCAUCAGAGAAUUCACACUGGGGAGAAACCUUAUAAAUGCAAUGAAUGUGGGAGAGCUUUUAGUCGGGCCUCAACACUUAUUCAGCAUCAAAUAAUCCAUACAGGAGAGAAGCCUUAUAAAUGUAAUGAAUGUGGGAAAGCCUUCAGUCAAAGCUCACCAUUAACUCAACAUCAAAAGAUUCAUACAGGAGAGAAGUUCCAUGAUUUUUUUCGAUGUAAUAAAGCCUUCAGUCUAAGUUCAAGCCUUAUUCAACAUCAGUGAAUUCACACUGGAGAAAAAAAAAAACCAUGAACAUACAAAUGUGCUGAAGUUGGCAAAGCUUUUGGUUUCAACUCUUACCUUACUUAACUUCAGAAAUUCAUACCCAAUAAACAACUUAAAGUAUUAUAAAUGGGGGACAUCCUUUAACUGGAGUUCAACCUUUACUUAACAUCAAUCAAUUUAUGUGGGAGAGAAAUCCCAGUAUAAUUAAUGUAGUUAAGCUUUUAAUCAGAACUUAUAAUUUAGCCUACAUCAAAGAAUUUAUAUUGGAGAGAAAACUCAUGAAUGUAAUGCAUGUGGGGAAAUCUUUUAAUCAAUUAUUCAAAAAGCUUUAUUAAUUGCCUACCAUGUUCCAGGCACCUUGCUGGGUGCUGGCAGUACAAAUAGAAAAGUGAGAUAGUCCUUACCUUCCAGGAGAUCUUCAUACAGCACUGUAAAAUUUACACUGGAAAGAAUCCUCUGAAGUGCAACAAAUGUGAGAAUACCUUUGUUCACAGCUCAAGCCUUAUAGACCAGCAAGUUUGCAAUGGAGAGAUACCUUGUGUAUAGUGAAUAUGGAAAAGCUUUUAGUUAUAAUUCAAAUAUUCUCCAUUGGAGAAUUUACACUGGAGAGAAACUCUAUGAACAUAAUGAGUGUAGGAAAGCCUCAAGCUUCUUCCUCACCAUACUGAAGACCAUAAAAUUCAUAGUGGAGAAAAACUCUAUAAAUGUAAUAAAUUUUCAGAAAGCCUUCAGUUGGGUUUCAGAUAAACAUGUUGGAGAAAAGUUCUGUCAUUGUAAAGAACGUAAAAAAAGCAUUUAAUCAAUGCUCACAGCUUAUAUUCCAUCAGAAAAUUCAUACUGGCUAGAAUUCCCAUAAAUAUGUGAAAAAUAUAUCAUUUGGACAUUGUUUUAUUUGAUAACAUGAAAUUUAUAUUGAAUGAGAUGAAAAGGCAUUUAAGUACUUACUAUGUGACAAGCUACUGUGCUAUAAAUACUGAUGAUAUAAAAGCAAAGACAAUCCUUGACCUCAAGGAACUUACACUCUAAAAGAGAAGGACAAUACACAUUGGGGAGUAGAGGUUAAGAUGGAGCACUUUGGCUCUCAAUGUGUGUGCAAGGGGGGGGGGCAUUAGGGAGUAGAUUGGCACACACACCUCUUUCAGUAUCAAGGGCAGAGUUGAUUUGAUUGUGAUUCCAGAAAUGGAGCAAAGGUGGAGUACAUGUAGGGUGUCAAGGGUGCUAAAGGCUGUUGAAAAGAUGGCUGGGGAAUAUGGAAUGAAGUGAAGCAUGGCUGGGGUUUUCCUGAACUACUGAAGAGACUAUGAACAUAAUGAAUGUGAGAAAGGUUUCAGUGGUACAAGUGUCUCUGAUUUACAUACACCAGACUCAAGAAUGUGCUUUACAUAUAGAUGGCCACCUAGGAAUCCUACUUCAGCCCUAUCUUUUCUCACCUUCCCUAAGGAAGUCUAGGAUAGGUGGCAGAAUCAGUAUUGAGAAAGGUGAACCCUACUGCAUUUCACCUUUCUUCCCAACAUUGGUGGAGUCAGUUCAAUUCCACAAAUAUUUAUUAUGUGUCUACGAUGUGCAUUAUGUUAGUUUCUGGUGAUAUAAAGUUGAAAAAUGACAUGGGCUCUGACUAUAGUCUCAUGGUGGGGAGAGUAGACAGUUAUGAUAUGUACACAGAUAAGUAAGUAUGAUGCAAUGUAGAAUAUGUUAAGGACAAAAGAGAUAUCCAAAGUUCCAUAAGAGAUGUGAAGAACAAGAAAGUUUUCAACUAUGAUGAAAUAAGAAGGGCUUUGUGAAAAGCCUAGGGAUUGAAUAAUUAGCAUCCCCAGUUGCAUUUGCUAAUCCUGCCCUGGUCCGCAUUCUGCUCUCUUCUUCAGAGCUUUACCCCUUUAUAUAGUUCCCAAGAUCACCUGAGUCUGACUUUUCCUUUGAAAUAUAAAUGAAUCAUCAAUCCUUCCUCCCCUUAGAGAUCGAGACUUUGUAGGGGAAAAAAAAAUUAGAAAAGCAGAUUUGGGAGUGGCCUGAGGCAGAUUUUUCCUCUGUAUCUAUUUUUAUUCAAGAAAAAUUCAUAAACCCUAAUUGGGCUAUGUGUUUGCUUCAAGGACAGAAGAGCAGGGUUUGUGUUACAGGACUCUUCUGUAGUGAAUGAAGGAAGAAAACAACUGCAAAUAGGCAGAUAAAUCCGUGGGACCCACAAAUAAAAGGAAAAAAGUCAAUGAGAACUGGAAAUGGCAAGAAAUUUCCUUGGGAAUAGGGAGUUCCACCACCAAUAGGGAGUCCCCCCAU